AUGGAUGAACACUCAAACAGUUGUGUUGCAGAGAAUUCAAGGGAACUUGACAAGGUCGAUGACCAUCAAUUGGAAGGAGAACUUCCUAUCCAAGACCAGGCUCCGCUGGACAUCAAGAACCAUAGCGAUCCUCCUCCACCACGCCCAGACAUGAAUGCUGACGAGACUACUGGAUCUACUCCCAAAGGGACAGGUCCUGGAACUCAAGCCCUGGACCAAAUGGUUCCUAAGAUCAUAGAAGACAUCGCUGAUAUGUGCAUUCCACAAAGUGACAACCCAUCUCUUCAGGAUGUUAGCAAUGAAGAGGAAGAGGAAAAGGACCCUUCUCCGACCCAUAGCCUCUCUUCUCUAAAUGAUAAGGUUACCCAACGACGUUAUAGGGAACCUGACAGGGUACUCGGUGACCCUCAAUUGGAAGGAGAACCUCCUACCCAAGACCAAGCUCCACUGGACAUCAAGAACCUUGGCGGCCCUCCUCAAACCCGCAAAUACAUCAAUACUGAAGAGACUGCUGGUCAUGGACCUCAAGCCCUGGACCAAAUGCUUCCUCAGAUCACUGAAGAUAUCGCUGGCGAUCCAUCUUUCCAGGAUGUUAGCUAUGAAGAGGACACUUCUCUGCCCCGUGGACUCUCUUCUCUGUCCCAUGGACUCUCUUCCCUAGAUGAUAAGGUUAUACAUCGACCUACUGCAGGAGGUGAUAACAGUACCCAGGAAUCAUCUGCCAUGGGUAUGGAACGGGAGGAAGAAAAUGAAGAGGGGGAGGAUGAAGUUCAUUCUCGAGCCACUGACGAGUUAUUUCAGGUCACAAAGAGGUCCAUUUCAAACACCUCAGAAACUGAUCAUAUAAAAAAGAGAAAUAUCAGUCAGUCCGUAAGGGUGAAUCAUAAUCGGUUGAAAUCCUUUGAAAUGGUGAAAGCAAUGAAUCUGUUGAAAAGGGAUAAAAAUAAUAUUCAAACAGAUGUUGUGUCACUCAAAUCCGAAAAUUAUGACAGAAAGAAAGAAAGUGCUGAAAAUAAGAGAGAAAUGUCUGCACUUAGAAAAGAAAUGAUCAACGUAAUGCAGUCACAAAGAGGUCCAUUUCAAACACCUCAGAAAUCGAUAAAAUCAAAAAGAGAAUUGUCAGUCAGUCUGUAA